AGUUUUCUCAAAAUAAGUCACUCUUGGAAGAGAUGCAGAUCGAAAUGAAUAUUCUUGAAUUGUACGCGAAUCCUCAUGUGCUUAAUACAAGCUGAUUUAAAGAGUUAUUCUAUAAAGACCGUUUCCUCUUUUCUCUGAUGUAUAUCCAUUGGCCGUUAUAACAGAAGAGCCUCCGUGAAACUUCCACCGUGAUCGAUAAAGGAUGAAAAUAGUACUUGUAACUCUAAUAUUCUUUGAAUUUCUGGUGUCAUUACAUUCAUCGUCCUUUGGAUCGAAGAAAUGUGAACGAAUAACAAUAAAACUAUGUAAGGAUAUGCCUUACAAUGAAACACGAUUGCCAAAUAUCUUGGGACAUACAACACAGUAUGAAGCAGGUAACGAACUACAUCAUUAUUAUCCGCUCAUCAAGAUGGGAUGUUCACCAUACUUAAAAGUAUUUCUAUGCACUUUACUGUCGCCUGUAUGCUCAAACUACACACAAACUUUAAAACCUUGUAAAUCAUUAUGCUUGGCGGCUAAAAGAAAAUGUGUGGAUGUAAUGAAGUCGUUUGGUUCAGAUUGGCCCAGCUAUAUGGACUGUUCAUUGUUCCCUACUCCCGAUAAGGAAGUGUGCGUUAGUCAAAAUGAAACUAAACAUCACUAUCAGCCGAAUACUCCUAAUAUGACAUUUGGCGGGAGGAAAUUUCGUUGUCCUCCCCAACUUACAGUACCACCAAGAUUCGGUUACAAACUAAGAGUAGGAAACAUAGAGGCAAAAGAUUGUGGUCUUCCAUGUUCACAGGAACAGGACUACUUCUAUGGAACAAGAGAAGAGUCAAUAAGGAAAAGAAACUUUGCUAAAGUUUGGAUUUUUGUUUGGUCUAUUCUCUGCUCUAUAUCCACGUUGUUUACAAGUUUAACUUUUGUUAUCGAUAGGGCUAGAUUCAAAUACCCUGAGAGGCCGAUUAUAUUCCUAUCUGCUUGUUAUUUUAUGGUAUCGAUAUGCUAUGUUAUUGGUUUUUUUCUUAAAGAUAAAGCGGUUUGCUCUGGACCUUUUAGGAACAAAUUAGAGGAGAUCGAUGAAAUUCAAUUAUCUCUUCCCUUGAUUACUCAAGGAACGAAGUUGGCAGGUUGCACCAUUCUGUUCAUGAUAAUUUACUUUUUUAGUAUGGCAAGCUGUGUCUGGUGGGUUGUUCUGGCUUUUACAUGGUUCUUAGCUGCAGGAUUAAAAUGGGGGCAUGAACCAAUAGAAAGCAACGCGCAUUUCUUCCAUAUACUAGCUUGGGUGGUUCCUGCUGUUAAAACUAUUGCAAUAUUGGCGAUGGGCCAAAUAGACGGUGACAUACUGUCAGGAGUUUGCUUCACUGGUUUGUCAAAUCUAGAUACUCUUAGAGGGUUUAUUAUAACACCCCUCUUGGUAUAUUUGGUAUUAGGAACUUCUUUUCUACUCGCUGGCUUCGUUUCACUUUGUCGGAUACGAACAGCUAUGAAAGCGGACGGUAGCCGUACAGACAAACUCGACAAACUAAUCAUGAGAAUAGGUGUUUUCAGUGUGCUAUAUACUUUACCGGCUGUAAUUGUUAUUGUUUGCCAUUUCUACGAACAUAAUAAUAGACUAAGCUGGAUGGAAUCUUGGCAUGCCAGAGCCUGUCAGAUGGGUUUCUCCUGUCCUUUAACAAAGGACAAGUUAUCAAAACCUGAAUUUACUUAUUUUAUGCUCAAAUAUUUAAUGAUGUUAAUAGUAGGUGUAACCUCAGGAUUUUGGAUAUGGUCAACAAAAACUCUUAAUAGUUGGAAAAAUGCUUAUCAUAAAUUGUUUAGUGGUAGAAAAUUAAUAACUGAAGCAAAUGUUUGAUUGUAAAAAGAAAGACAAUAUUUUUCAUAUUAAUAUUUCCCUGUUCAAGUUAGGGUUUUGUAUUUUUUUAAUAUAUUAAAGAGACUAUCUUUUUCUACAAAACUAGGUUUGUUAAAUUAUUCUUUCGUCUCGUUCAGUGUUCGACGGCUU